ACCAUGGAGAGCUGCCGGGCGCUGGCGCUCUGCGCGGUGGCGGCCGCCCUGCUGCUGAGUGCCCGUGGGCAGGGGCCGACACCACCGCGCCGCGGGCGCGACCUGGGAUCCGCCGGCGGCGGCGGCGGCUCCUCCAGGGAGAAGGAGCUGAUCGAGGCGCUGCAGGAGGUGCUGGAGAAGCUGAAGAGCAAGCGGGUGCCGCACUACGAGAAGAAGUUCGGGCAGGUGCCCAUGUGUGACGCCGGGGAGCAGUGCGCCGUGAGGAAGGGGGCCCGCAUCGGGAAGCUGUGCGACUGCCCCCGGGGGACGUCGUGCAAUUCCUUCCUCCUCAAGUGCCUGUGAGCGGGGCGCCCCGG